AUGCUGUUUUGGCCAAAGCUGUUGAGCAUUGCACAUGCCAUUGCUUCUAGUGUACGGCCAUACUUGCCAUUGUACCUGUCUCAUUUGCUUGGAUUCACAUGUGCCGACAUUGGCAUUCUGCUGGCAGUGCCACUGGCGUUACGAGUUGCUUCGUUAGGAUUAUGGACCGUCCUUGUCAUUGAUCAACGGCCUUUGUUACAUGGUUUCUUUAUGGCACUGCUCACUGCUGUUGGCACGGCGGCACUCGUUCUCAUCCUUUGGAUCCCACCUCAUGCUAAGUUUGCAUGGUCAGCUGCUUUAUUUUGCAUGCUUUUGGAUGGCAUUUUCUACCAGCCAUUGGGUGUGUUAAUUGACAGCGCCAUUAUCAAGAUCUUGGGUGAUUACAAGAUGAUGUAUUAUGAUUCUCAGCGACAAUGGGGAGAUGUGGCAGCUGCAGUGAUGGCAGUGGGAAUUGGUUGGUCUUUGGACGAUGAUCAUGACUUUGAUACGCUCAUGGGAACUAUCUUGAUCGGUGCUGUGCUUCUCUUUCUUGUUUCGCUUUCCACAACAGUGAUACCUGCUGAUCCAUCUUCUCUCGAGUCACCUGAAGACGAUCCAAACGAUCAUCUUACCCCUUUACUCAAACCAGCACCCACUUCACCUAUUUCACCUUCUUCACCAACGCAUCCUCAUUCUCAUCAUCAUCAUUAUUAUACCUAUCAUCAUCAUCAUCAUCAUCCUAGUCAACAUUAUGUCACCACCAACGCCAAUGAUCUUGAAGUUUCCAUCCAUGUCAUGUCACAAUACUACUACGAACCACGUUACUUUUACAAGCCAUACAACUUAUUUCACGAACAACUAUCACACAUUUCAGAGGAGGAUGCUAGCAUGUUGCAGCAAAUGGCAAGCCAAAACGAUACAGUCAAAGCAGUUCAGGAGGAAACAAUGACAACAACGGAGGAUGAAACUGCUACCACAACGAGUAGCCAUGAGGCACCAGCAGCACCACCACCACCACCAUUAUCACCUUCAGCAAGAGGACAAAGCGAUGAUCCCACAACCACAUUUCGAUCCUCAUCCCAAUAUUGGGCUACCACCACCAUGGCAGCUACAUCCGCAUCCACUACCGCCAAUGAUAUUCAUAGUGAUGCUAUCUUUGAUGCUAUGCCUUCCUUACAACUUGCAUUGAUGCCUUCGCCUCCACCCGAAACGCCCAUGCUCAUUCUCCCCGUUGCUAUGGUUCCCAAUGGCUUUUUCGCAACAGACGACGAUUCCGGUGAUGAGCAAUGUCGACAACGUUGGCCCGUAUGUUCUUUAUUAAUCACGGUGUUUUCAAUGGGUACCGUAUCAGCCAUGAUGAAUGCCUUGCUAUACAUUUAUCUUCACGAUGGUCUGGGCCUGCCCAUGCAUAUGAUCGGCAUCGUCGGUAUGGUUUCCACAGCAGCCAAAGUAGCCGCCAAACCUAUUGUGCAACACUGGGCCAAUCGGUGGUGCCAUCGUACAGUGGUGGUCAUUCAUAUGAUGCUGAUCCUAUGUGCGUUAGGAUACACGAUGCUGCAACCAGCUCAUCUAGGUGUCCACGUUGCUGUUGUUGUUUUGCAGAUAUUACAAGCCCUCGCAUUCAAUGUCUUUUGGUACGUUGCGGUGCAGCAAGUGGAUGCAGUGCUGUUGACUGCAGGUCAACAUCAACGUAUGAUCUUACGAGGAAGAAUGUCAGCCUUAUUCAACAGCAUUGGUCCUGCCAUUGGCGCUGUCUUGGCAGGGUAUCUCGUCGAUUUGUAUCAGCAGACAAGCUACAUGACAUUUCCCGGAUUUUUGUUAGUAUACAAGUGCAGCAUAGUUGUCCUUGCCAUCAGCUUAUUGCUAUCACGAGGAUGGUCGCUUGCCAUUGAUGAAGAUUGA